AUGAUCGUCAUCUUAAACUUCAUCAUCAUCAUCAUCAUAUGCAACAUAAUCAUCAUAAUCGUUGUCGUCAUCCUUACCAUCAUCAUUGUGGUCGUUGUCAUCGCUUUCAUCAUCAUUACCAUCAUCGCCAUCAUCAUCAUCGUGGUCGUUGUCAUCGCUAUCAUCAUCGUCAUCAUCAUCAUCAUCAUCAUUUCUGUGAGUGAGGUCCAAGUGCUGAAGGAGCAGCUCCGGGUCCUAAGUGCAGAGAUGACCAGUCUAAGACAGGCCCUUGGGUUUCACCAAAGACCACUACCAGGCUCACAUUCAAGACACGUCAUCAAUAACCAAGAUUCUGGUUACAGUGACAACCUCGCAGAGAGCCUCUCCGCUUCUUCCUCCAUCUCCUCGGCCUCAUCAACGACAUCGUCCACCGCGCCGAACAGCUCCUCGUACUCCGUCUCGUGCUCCUGCUUGUCCUCGGCGGCCAACCAGCAGCGCAGGACACCACCUUUGACCUCUGACCUCUACGGGCGACUGAAUGACCUGGUCAAGAUGCCGCGACCCGUGGCUGAGGAGAGUGUGUGUAAGGCCCUACAGCAGAGGUGGAUGUGCGGAGAGUGUCAGACAAAGAUAGGACCAAUCAUCAUAGCACUGAACCCACACAGAGGUCUAUCACAGGACCAGGUCCUGGAGCACAGUCAGCCUAGUCAGUACCCUCAUCUCCAGAAGCUAGCCCAGCGAGUCCAUGCACAGCUUGUGGAACAGCGCAGACCUCAGGCUGUCAUUCUAAGCGGUGAAAGCGGGAGCGGGAAGACCUACACAUCUCAGCUGUUUCUACGGCAACUGCACAGCCUCUGCAAGAAGAGACAGACAGGUGGACCGUUAGAUCAGACAGAGAACAAACAAUUUCAGAAUUUGACAAAUGCUUUCCACGUCCUGAGGGCUGUUGGAUGUGCUAAGACAAGACAUAACUCAUGUGCUAGCAGAUUGGGUCAUCAUGUUGAAGUUCACUUUGCGGGCAACACAAUAACGAGAACCAAGUUUCAAUGUCACUGGUUCGAUCAAAGCAGAGUGGUAGAUACUCCUGUUGGUGAACGUAACUUCCAUGUAUUCUAUCAGGUGCUAGCCGGUCUUUCUCAUGAAGAAAGAGCCAAGCUUCAUCUCCAUGGUUACGGUGUCCACAAUCUUGCCUACCUGAAACAAAGAACAAGCCCAGAGAAUGAGGGGGUGGAGAAAGAGAGAUUUCACACUUUAAAGGUUGCCCUGUCAACUCUUGGUAUUGAGUUCCUCGAUGUCAUGAGAAUACUGGCGGCCAUCUUGCUUCUGGGGAAUGUGCACUUUGUAGACGAUGGAGGGUAUGAGCUUGACAUUAAAGGUAGCAAUGAAAUCAAAGCAGUAGCAUCUUUACUUGGAGUACCUGGUGUAUCACUGUACCGAGCAUUGACAACAAGAACACAUACUCUCAAGGGACAAGCGGUUAAAACACUGUGCAAUGCUGAUCAGGCUAAUGAAACAAGAGACACGCUGGCGAAGGCCCUCUACUGUCGAAUGGUCCUAUCAGUUGUGAAGAGAAUCAACAGUGUGUUCAAGCCAAACUCGAAAUGUCCGCCAUAUGUAGCGCCCUCUAUCAGUAGUGAGGAUACACAAAGCAGUGGAGAUUCUUGCAGUAGACUGAGUGAUUCCACAAUGGAGUUAAAUGGCAGUUCAUCACUGACAGAGGGCAGUAGACAUUUAGAAGGCACGGUUCACAUCAUUGAUAUGCCAGGCUUCUCCAACACACAGUGCAAUAGAAUAGAAGACCUGUGCUGCAACUACUCAUCUGAGGUGCUACACCAGGUCUACCUCCAGCAAACCUUCAAGAAUUCCCAGGAUGCAGGUAGAGAGGACAGGCUCGUCAUGAAUCCUGUGCCAUUUCAAGAUAACAUUUCCUGUGUAGACUUUUGUGCUUCAAAGAACGGCCUGUUUUCAAGCAUCGAUGCAAUGUGUAAUCAACCGGAGCAACACACAGUAGAUGAACUGCUCAGCAGAACCAACAAGAAACAUAAAAAUGGUGUAUUUGCCGUUGAGCGUGAGAACAAGCACCUGUUCACCAUCAGACACACAUCAGGGGAGGUGAGGUACAGUGCAGCAGACUUCCUAAAGAGAAGCAGGGAUGUGAUCAGUGAUGAUGUCCUCACCAUCUUCAGGAGGAAAGGAUGUAGCUUUGGCUUUGCUUCUUAUCUCUUUGCUCCUGAACUCAAGCUUCUUCAAGGAAAAGCUGUGAAGGGUCUACUAUUCCGGAUCUGUCCUAGACCGCACCUCUCUACCCAGUCUCAUCACAUCCUAUCAGACCCCAGCAUUGGGAGUUUACCCAUCGACAGUCAUCAUCGUCUCAGUGAGCUGCGGGACUCCCUCACUAGGCAGCAAGCACAAUUUCAUUUCAUACAGUGCAUCAAGAUUAAUGAUCAGGAAUCGAGUAGCCAGUUCUCCUAUGCAGUGGUAGCCAGACAGACACAGGCCUUUCAGCUUAUGGCCACCAUAAAACACAUGACAGAUGGUUAUCCUCACUAUGACACCAUAGAUAACUUUGUCAGGAGAUAUCAAAUGAUGCUAGAAAGAUGGCAGAGGAACAAAACACCAAGAGAUCAAUGCAAAGUGAUAUUGGAACAGAUCAUGAGAAGAUGUGAACUGAUUGAAUCAGUGAGUACUCAGAACAAGUGGAUCAUCAGUGAAAACAGGGUCUUCUUCAGCGAAGAGACGAGACAAGGUCUCGAGUCUGUACGUGAUGGCCAUCGUGACACGGCAGCACGUUUCCUCCAAUCCAAGGUACGCUGCUGGCUAGCUAGACGUCACUGGCCCUCAGACAUUGAUCCGUAUGAAGAGUGCAGAGAACACCAUGUCACAAAGAUAUCCUUCAGGGAACCCCUUUACGAAAGGAUCAAUUUCUCAGUGGGUGAUAACAGCAGCGUGAUGUCCGACGAUACGAGCAGUAUUGAAUGCAAGAAAGCUAGGAUGCAAAACAGGGUCUAUGAUACAGCUAAGGAGGACGUGCCUCCUCCAUUGCCUAGCAACCAUCCAUCUUCAGCAAAGAUCGAUACUGCCAAAGGGUUUCCUCAGACACGCAUCAUGAGAUGCAACUAUUCACCAGAUAUCUCGUGUGUAGAGCCACUGCUGAGAGCGGGCGAGCCCAUUCUGGUAAUGGGGGUGAGCAGCACCAAGGACAUCCUCAUCGUGGAGCACAAUAAUUGCACCUUACAGGUCCCUCUGAAACUCACCACUACACAGACUGGUGAUUGUAUCUUAGGAACAAGACUCUGAAAUGUCAAACAAGUAUAAAUGUAUGAAAUUUUGCAGGAGAGCAUACUGUAUACUGUACAACUCAACAUACCAGCAGUCACUCAUGCAUUAAUGCCUGGGGUGCCAAUAGCCAUUUUCAUCUACUGAGUUAUCCAGCCUGCAACGGAAGGGGCAAGCUUAGUUUACAAUGGAUGACAGCUCCGAACAUACACAUGGGGAACUAGCAGAUACAUUGGCCCUCAUGAUCAAAAAGUUAUACCAAGCCUAAGUAGUCUACUAAAAUGCUCACCUCUUCAACAAAGCACUGUAAUUUGCUAUCAAGAUGAACAGUCAAAAACUUCAAUUAUUUCAAAAGUUAUUUAUUUGAACUAUUUAUUAAUUCAAUAUUCUCAAUGUCAAAUACUUCGUUUAUUCCUUUUUGUGACCAAAUUGAUGAUUUUAUUUAUUUAUAUUAAUGUUCCCAACAAUUUGUAAAGAAAUCAGUGGUUGACACUCGGCCUUCUGUGAAUCUGCCAAAAUUUGGUUGCUCUCUAGAAAAGUGGGUGCUCUUUUUUAACGAUGAGAGUCCAUGAAGAAUCACAUGAAAUUGCACCAGUUAGACAUGAAAUGUCACAUCAAGGAUUCAUGACAUUUUUUGCUUCUUUGACAUGCAUGUUUUGAAUAACGUGUGUAAUAAACAAUAUAAGACGAUGACCUGCUGUACCAUUGACAAGUUCUAGUUUAAAACUAUUACGAUUGUACUUUGUAUGAAGCAAAUGCUAUUAGAGGAAGUAUGGACACUGUUAACAUUGCUAGUCAUAUAAUGAGGUUUUUUUAAUUAUUUCUUCUCAGAUGAACCCUGUGUAUUGCAAUUGUUCUAAUCCUGUUCAAGGCAGACUUAUGAUAUUUAGAAAUGGUACUUAUAGACAAAAAGACAGGUUUCUCCGUCAGAUAAAUUGUGGUUCAACAAAAUCCUGCUCUGUUGUAAUAAAUCUGUUCAUAAAUGUAUAGAUGUAUUCCUACAUUCAGAAGAACAAAUAUCCUCAAGUAUAUUUAUCACCAUUAACAUGAUCAAAGAUCAGGGAACCAUGUGCUGUAUUCCUUUUAUACUAUGACCAAAUUCAGUAGAUAUCUUUUCCUCUAAUAAUUCACUUCGUAAUGAAACUUUUUAGAAAUGUGCCAGAUUUUUCUAAUGAGUGACGUGGUUGAGAAAAAACCUUAAAAAUGAUUGAUAGCCGGUUACUUCAUUCCAGAGAUGGAAGGGAAAUCCCAGGAAUAUCUUGACUAAAUAACAAUUCUUUCAUUAUUGGUACACUUUCAUUUAUCUCCAUAAUGGUUCAGGGGUGUGAAUACAUAUUGGAGUGCUGUGUUCAAUUCAAUAAUGAUAAGUGUAGAUAAAAAUUCACAUCAUUUGGAAAGGUUCUUAUAUCUGUAUGUAUGACUGUUUUCUUUCACAGCGUUUUGCUCUGAAAUUGUAACAUCUAUCAUUCUGUGAAUAUACAUAGCAAUGCCGAAGUUUAUUUUAUAUAAAAUGGAAGAUAUUGUUUCAUUUAGAAACUUCAGUGUAAUAAAUCGAGCUUCCUCCUUUUUUUCUUUACGUGAAAGUAUACUUUCUUACAAAAAAUGCUUAUAUCCUAUACAAAUGGUGCUAAACUUGCAAAGGGUUGGAAUUAUUAUUAUGAUUUGCAUUAUGUUUUUGAAGGUUUUAACAUACUUUUUGUGACAAUGAUUCAAUGACAAGCUCUGAACAUUAACGUAGCUAGAAAAACCGUCCUUACAGGCAAACUGCUGCAACUACUGGGCCCCGUAACCCAAAGGUUUGCGAUCAAUUGCAAAUAUGAAAUAAUGAUUUUGGUUGGUUAAUAGUAAGCCUUGUUAACAAUAUGUGCAUGCAAGGGUAAUUUUGAUUGGCCAUUACUAUUUUGCAACUGAUCGCAAACCUUUGUGUUUAUACAGGUCUCAGUCUUUCAAAAUAUUACCAACUGGUUAUAUUUUCAAACAAGUUGGAUAUUUAAUACCAAAAGAUUGGAAAAGUAGACAAGACAGCCUUGCUCAGGCUACGUAUUAAUCAUUUAAACUUUGUAAGAAAUUAUAUUCUAGAUGAUCUGCAUUUAUAUGACAACUCGUAUAUUGUACCUUUGUUUUGGGACUAAUAAUUUAUAAUGCAAAGUGUAAAUAACAAGAAUGAUUUUGAAUGAUCAUUCUCAAUCUCUCUCUCUCUUUUCAUCGCUCAUUUGUCUCUUGAGAUCUCAAUUAUCUUGAAGCCUCGAUUUUCUUGCCAUUUUUUUCUUUGACAGGGGUUAUUUUGUAGCAUAUAUUUUUGACAGUAACCUUAACUGUAGAUUCUUUACACACUAUAAAUGUGACGAACAUGUUUAAAACUGGGAACAGCUUGCGUUAGUUCAAUACUGUUAGUUUUAUUGUAUUAGGAUUAUAUGUACUAUACAUAUACAAUGGAUUUUAUUGAUUAUUUGGCAGAUGUUCUUGCAUAGACUACAGUAUCAAAAUAUGGAUAAUAUUUUUUUGACAAGAAAUUAUUACUGACUGAAUAGGUUUGGUGCUAUAAAAAUGAUCUAGACAAUUUUAUUUUCCUUUAAUGAAUUUGCUAUGGGGUAUGAAUGAGGGAUGAUGAACUUGAUGUGAUACCUCUGUGAUACAAUUUUUGAUGCCCCAUGUGAUUGUUUAAGUCCAAGGCCAGUACAUUAUCAAUGUGAGAGCAUUCAAAUCAUUGUAUUAAAUUUACCAUUUCUGUUUUCUGUAGGCCCUUUUUUUUUUUUAUAUAAAGAAAAAAUAAUAAAAAAUGGGAAUUUGAAAUGUAAUCAAAUAUCAGCCAAGGAAAAUAUCAAAUGUAAUGUAAGUGAAUCCAUUUUAUAUUUUAUUUUCAAUUUGUUAAUAGUAUUGGAAUUUGACAAAUUAGGCAUGAACAGUUUUCUUCUUGAACUCUUUAUAAUGACUUCAUGCUUAUUUGCGUGAGAAAGACUCUUUAUGUGUUUCUUAAUGAAUUACUGUUUUUUUUAGUUACCCUCUAAUAGGUUAAAAUGACUGUGUUUUACAUGAGCAAAACACAUUUUAAUGUACCAAAUGUAAAACAGGUGUUAAUUUAAGGUGAAAUUGUCUUUAAAUAAAGUUAUGUUACAUAUUGUAUAAAAGAUCAUGUAUAUCAAUUCAACCCAUAAAACUAUUGAAAUAUUAAAUGCAUUAACAUGUAUGAACACUAAAAA